UGAAACACAGCUAAAUUCAGGCCGACUUUUAGGCUGACACGGAAUAGGCUUGUAAGAGGUAUAAGUUACCCUUUUUACUUAGCUAGGACUAUAAUAGGUCUACUUAAUGGAACGGAACUCUCACUGAAAUAAGCGAGACUUAUCGAAAUAAGUCUGUCUUUUCCUUAAUCUACGUUGAUGGAAUACCCCCCAGUUCUGUACGUGAUGCAUCAGGGCGAGCAUUUCAAACGAUUACAUUCUCCAAACAAAUCGUUCCUGAGCAACGAGUCACUUCCGUUGUUAAUACCAAGAAUAAUGGCGGAGAAACGUCGACCUGGUGUCCCUGCAGCAAUGUCAGAAACCAAAUCGACUAAAACGGACAGCGAAAAGGAGUUUCUCUCGCAGGUGGGGGUGGGAGAAUUGCUUCGAGGCGCUCUGCUUAAGAUGGUUGAAGCUAGAUCGGAUGACCCUAUCGGGGUCUUAGCCGAUCACUUCUGUAAUGUAGCAUCCGAGUCAGAGAACGGCACAGCGGGAUACAGCGACGGAGAGCAAAGUAUCACACUAACCGCCGGCGUUCAAGAACAGCAACAUCUCAACAAAGCACUGUGGCACUUGAAACUAGCUCAUCACUCCCAGAGAUCUGCCUUCAGCAAUAAUGUACGUGUGGCAUAUGACCUACUGACCCAGACGGGCCCCCAGAGAUAUAGAGAACAGCUCUCUGGAGGCCGUAGUUCCAACAGGCCAACCGGUGGCGGUGUGCGAGGGGGCCUCUACACCCAGACUCUUCAAUGCCUGUGCAGCGAAGGUGGGGUCCCUGCCUCCACCUCUGCCCCGCUGCUAAGGCGCCUGCACUGCCAGAACCAUGAAGCAGUACCUUACGAUGUGUUCGGGCAUGGCGUGUUGACGUGUGCUGUGUUCUCUGACUACAUAUGGCGUGUUCAGCGGUUGUACGCAGAGGUUUGUGGCCCAGCCGAGGGGCCUGCAGGCCGGGCCCUGUGUCUGGCUGUGCUGGGGACCUUACAGGAAGCCCUGGAGACCUCCCAGGGAUGUGACACCAAUGCUAAUGCUAAGCCAAAGGCUAAAUCCUACCUGGAAGCUAAUGCUAAGGCUAAUCGCUAUCUGGAGGCGAGUGCUAAGAUCUCGCCCUGCAAGCUUGUGCAGGCCAUGGCUGAGGCACACACAGCUGGAGAGGCAUCAGGAAUCAACAUGGACGCCAAGGAGUUUGAGGAUGCUGCAGCAGAGUUGUUCAUCACUCGAGUCAGAGUUAUAUCAUAAGUUAACUACUGUGUGCAUUAGAUUUGUACAACAAAUUGUGUACAUGUUCAGAAUAACAUACUUUCCUGAGUUAUACUAAACUACAUGAAAACGUUCAAGCGGCGGAAAUAUUUAUUAAGAUAUUUUCAAAAACAAAAUGUCUGUGUCUGUUAAAUUAGUCUACCUCCAUCACUUGUAUAAUUUAUUUCAAUGUGAAUCAUGUCACAAAUAAACCAACCUGUGAAAUACUUCCUGUGUUCUUGACCAUUACAAUGCUGAUCAUAUAGGAUUCUUCAUUGAUAUAUUGACUUCAGGGUGUAUUCGCAAAGAUGGUUAAAGGGAUCAAAACCUGAUCGGAACCUCUAAAACAAACGUGUUUCGGUCUUAGUUGAUAACAUAAAUCGACAAUGAAAUUGUGAAAUGGUCCAUGGUCACCAGAAUGUCUGCACACUGAUAUGAUAGACGUAUGACUGAAUGGCUGUUGAUAUGCAGAGUUUUUACAUAAGACUGUACAGUGAGGCUCCUCAUGUUGCUCAUUCUUAUCUCAUGCUGCUCAUUCUUAUUCUUACUCUUAUUUUUAUAGAUAUUUUAUAUUUAAAUUGUUUUAUUCUUAGAUUGUUUAGUUCUUAGGAAUAGUUUAACUUCUGUACCUUUACUUAAUUUAAGAUUCGUAUAUGUUUAGUGUUUGCACCUCCCUGCCACAGUAAAUUCUGUGUUUGUAUAACAUACAUGGCGAAUAAACCGAAUUCUGAUUCUCAUAGUACGCAUUUACAAUAGGAAUGCACUGUCCAGACUCUUGGGAGACAGUAAGAAGGAAACAUGUAUAAACUGCAUUUACAUGAGUUAUGACGUUAUCACCUGUUGGUCUGUUCUACUACACCCAUGGGCUGUACUUUGCUUGACCUUGUAAGGAAACGGUCUGUGAAUCAUAUAUCUGUACUGUCCAUCCAUUAUAUAAAGGACCUCUGUGAGACAUGUUCUUCACUCAUGCUGACCACUAUGUCGUGAGGAAGUCACAUGAUCCGAGCUCGUCUAAUAAACAAAGUCAACUAUCUUCCAUUGUCGUGCAACUCAUUCCACCUCCGACUGACAGAUUUCAUCCUAUCAAUUGGCGUCACAAAACAGCAUACCAGCAGCAAGACAGACCGACAGGUGAGCAGACUUUAAUUGUCAUUAUUGAAGGAUCAUAUCGACUUCUGCUUACCUGAUAAUAAUAAGACUUUAUUUAUAUAGCACAUUUCAUACAAGAAUUGCAGCUCAAUGUGCUUUACAUAAAAUCAAUAAAAACAAUAAUACAAGUGAUAAAAGUAAUACAAAUAAAUUAAAAAUUAAAAUGUAACUCACAAAGUACAAGCCGCAGUAUUUGCAGUCUCUCGAAUCCGUCUUAGACUCGAGCUGCCUUUGCAGUUUCCAAAACAUGUAACAACCCAGACCAGCCGAGGGUGUAAGGGAAAAACUUGACCGGGGCGCAAAAUGUGCUAUGACCGCCACUGCGCCGAGUGGUAACAUAUAAAGAGAA